CCUCCCUUCCUCAGUCUUCACACACAGAACCAUUCACACACCUGGACCAUGGACCCCGGGGAAUGUACCUGCAUGUCUGGAGGAAUGUGCAUCUGUGGAGACAACUGCAAAUGCACAACUUGCAACUGUAAAACAUGUCGCAAAAGCUGCUGCCCCUGCUGCCCCCCAGGCUGUGCCAAGUGUGCCCGGGGCUGCAUCUGCAAAGGGGGCUCUGACAAGUGCAGCUGCUGUGCCUGAAAAGCACCCAUCAUGGUGGGAAAGAUCCUGGGAAGUAUCUGUACAGUGUAUGAGUCAAAAAGUUGAAACGAUUGUACAAUAAAGUUGCUUUUUAUAUAUUUGUCCAGAUGUGGUGUUGGCGACAUUCAUGUAAAAUGGCUGGAGCAAUAAAGUUUUUACUUGUAA